GCAGAAGGUAAUUUGAAUAAUUCCAUAGCGAAAAUGGUGAAAAUUCAGGAGCGAUUCAGGAACUGUUACGAGCGCAUCAAAUUAACGAUUACCGCUGUAUAGCCAGAUUGCCAAUGCGGUUUUAUCAUCAACUACAAUUAUAGCCAAGACACGCAGCAUUUGUGCCAAGUUGCUAAUGAUUCCGAAGGCACUUCUGUUAACGAUGACGUUGGUAGGAAUUUUGAGCGAACCUCAAGGACCUGCCUAUCUUCCGCCUACGGCAACUGGAGCGCGACCAACUCCUGCCGCUGGUCAUCCGGACGAAUGGGCCGGUGAUUCAGCGAAUUACGAAUUUUUAUACGAAGUGGAGGACGCAGUAGCUGGCUUAAACUUUGGCCAUCACGAGUCACGAAAAGACAAUGAAGCAACUGGAACUUAUCACGUGCUAUUACCAGAUGGUAGAACACAAAUCGUCGACUACGUUGCCGACGGUGGUGGCUAUCGGCCAAUGGUACGAUACGAGGGGACGGCAACUUAUCCGGCUACGGGAUCUGCUUCAAGGACACCGGCUGCUACCGCAGGAUCCACGAGUAACGAAGGAUACAGAUACUAAACAUUUACAGACAUCAAAGUUGCUUUUUCAAAGCAGGUAAACCUGCAGGAAAUUUAACAAACGACAGAGCCGAAAUUAGGCCAACGAGACGACGUUCGUCGCAUCAAUGACAAGACAAUGCAGCUCCAAAUUUUGAUUUAUAAAAUGCAUAUACUUAGAACGUGCGAGCAAGUUAUAUCUUACAAUAAAAACUCGGAAAACUA